AGAAUGCUAAAGGAAGUUAGCUUGUUAGCAGGAAGUAGCCGGAGCCGGAGCUCGGCCUCACAGUCGGAGCAGCUUCCAUAGAGACCAAACUGUAUUUUUCACGGAGCCCAAAUGUCCAAAUGUCCAGAUAGAGCUGUCUGAAUAGACUCUGUGCUGUUCCCUUUAUCUGAACAUGUUUAACAUCUGAAUUAUCUCCCGGUGUCCUACGAAGCUAAUGCAGUUAGCUUAGCUUGCUAGCUGGAAACAGUCUGGAGGAAAAGCUGCUGUGAAUUAGUAAAAAUGUCUAAAGUGGAGAACGAGGAGGAACUUGGUGGACAACGCAAACUACUGGACGCUGUUUUCAAGCCUGCAGCAGACAUCCAGCUUCUGUUGGUGAGUAAAGAAGAGGUUCCCCCUGAGCAGCAGGAGAGGAGCCCCAGUCUGGACCAGGAGGACCCACCAGAGCCCCCACACAUUAAAGAGGAACAGGAGGAGUUCUGGACCAGUCAGGAGGGAGAGCUGCUUCGAGGGCUGGAGGAGGCUGAUAUCACCAAGUUCACAUUCACUUCUGUCCCUGUGAAGAGUGAAGAAGACGAUGAAGAGAAACCUCAGUCCUCACAGCUUCAUCAAAGACUAACUGAACAGAUGGAAGCAGAAGCUGAUGGAGAGGACUGUGGAGGACCAGAACCAGCCAGGAACUCAGAUCCAAAGAGACAUUUACAACCAGAUAGUUCAGACUCCUCUGAACAUGAGACUGAUGAUAGUUGUGACUGGGAGGAGAUCGAGAAAUGUCAGUCAGAUUCAAACCCUCUGCUAAACAAUGAAGUACCUGCAAGUGAUGUGGAAUGUAAUACAGGAAAAACAUCACUUUGCUCCUCUGAAUGUGCUACAAGCUUUGGCCACAAAGAACAUCUGCAGGAACACAAUGAACUCGAAACAGCAGAGAAUGCAUUUAGUUGCUCAGAUUGUGGUAAAAGAUUCCUCUGCAAGAGCUCCUUAAUGGAUCAUAUGAGGCUUCAUUCAGAACAAAAACAUUUCAGCUGCUCAGUUUGUGAAAAAACUUUUGAGUUUAAAGAAUAUGUUGCGAGGCACAUGAAAGUUCACUCACAGAAGAGACCAUUUAGUUGUUCAGUUUGUAAAAAAUCAUUUAAAUGGAGAUGUAAGUGUUUGAAUCAUAUGAGAAUCCACACAGGGGAGAAACCCUUCAGUUGUUCUGUCUGUGGUAGAAGAUUCACACUAAGCUCAGGUUUGAGCUCACAUUUAAAGGUUCAUACAGGAGAAAAACCCUUCAGCUGCUCAGUUUGUAAAAAAUGUUUCUGUCAAAGAAGCUAUUUUUCUAGACACAUGAGAAUCCACACAGGGAAGAAAGACUUCAGCUGUUCUGUCUGUAGUAAAACAUUUGCCCAAAGUUCAGAUAUGAACAAACACUUGAGAGUUCAUACAGGAGAAAAACCUUUUAGCUGCUCAGUUUGUAAAAAAUGUUUCCGUCAAAGAAGCAGUUUGUCCUCACACAUGAGAUUACACACAGGCGAGAAAGACUUCAGCUGUUCUGUCUGUAAUAAAACAUUUGGCCAAAGUUCAGAUAUGAACAAACACUUGAGAGUCCAUACAGGAGAAAAACCUUUUAGCUGCUCAGUUUGUAAAAAAAGUUUCCGUCAAAGAAGCAAUUUGUCCAUACACAUGAGAGUCCACACAGGGGAGAAAGACUUCAGCUGUUCUGUCUGUAAUAAAACAUUUGGCCAAAGUUCAGAUAUGAACAAACACUUGAGAGUCCAUACAGGAGAAAAACCUUUUAGCUGCUCAGUUUGUAAAAAAAGUUUCCGUCAAAGAAGCAAUUUGUCCAUACACAUGAGAGUCCACACAGGGGAGAAAGACUUCAGCUGUUCUGUCUGUAAUAAAACAUUUGGCCAAAGUUCAGAUAUGAACAAACACUUGAGAGUCCAUACAGGAGAAAAACCUUUUAGCUGCUCAGUUUGUAAAAAAAGUUUCCGUCAAAGAAGCAAUUUGUCCAUACACAUGAGAGUCCACACAGGGGAGAAAGACUUCAGCUGUUCUGUCUGUAAUAAAACAUUUGGCCAAAGUUCAGAUAUGAACAAACACUUGAGAGUCCAUACAGGAGAAAAACCUUUUAGCUGCUCAGUUUGUAAAAAAAGUUUCCGUCAAAGAAGCAAUUUGUCCAUACACAUGAGAGUCCACACAGGGGAGAAAGACUUCAGCUGUUCUGUCUGUAAUAAAACAUUUGGCCAAAGUUCAGAUAUGAACAAACACUUGAGAGUCCAUACAGGAGAAAAACCUUUUAGCUGCUCAGUUUGUAAAAAAAGUUUCCGUCAAAGAAGCAAUUUGUCCAUACACAUGAGAGUCCACACAGGGGAGAAAGACUUCAGCUGUUCUGUCUGUAAUAAAACAUUUGGCCAAAGUUCAGAUAUGAACAAACACUUGAGAGUCCAUACAGGAGAAAAACCUUUUAGCUGCUCAGUUUGUAAAAAAAGUUUCCGUCAAAGAAGCAGUUUGUCCAGACACAUGAAAAUCCACACAGGGUAGAAGCCAAGUAGUUGAAGCGUUUGUGAUAAAACAUUCACUGGGUUCGAAUAUCUCAAAAUACAGAAGUGUGCUGGUGAGAGCAGUGGAAGUAAAUGAAGCUGCAGAGAUGCUCGUUGAGCCGAUUCCUUCCAGCAGGACUGAAGUACUGAAGGCAAGACUUGGCUCAACACUGAUCAGUUCAGAACUGUGAUACAGACAAAAUAAGUGAAGCUUCAUAUUUUCAGCUAAGAUGAAGCCAUCCGGUCAUUUUAAUUAUGGUUUUCUUUUGUUUGUUUUUUACUAGGGGUGUAACAAUUCUCCAAAUACACGUUUCGAUUCAUACCUCUAUUUUUGUUUCCUGUUUUUUGGAGGGAAUUAUUAUUAUUAUUAUUAUUAUUAUGUUUAUUAUCAUCAUCAUUAUUUUUUUCCAUCUCAGGUUAAAGUAGUCUAACUUGCGGCCAUGAUCACUCAACCAUGACUGGACCAAAAUAGUCACGUGACGUGCGUUUGGAAGACAAUAAAAUAACUGUAUG